AUGCUGCUUCUGCGUAUGCAGGAGAAGCGCGAUAAGGGCGACGGAAACGAUCGGCGCGCAUCUUCGGGCGUUCGCAGCGCGGGUAAUACGAGCCGUGGCCACGGCCUCUUACAGGGAAUUCAGUGGCCGUUGUCCGGGAACAACUCUACCUUCAUCAGUAUGACCAAUGUUGGCGGUCGUGGCCCGUCCGGUUCUACAUCGGGAGGGCAGCCCACCUCAGCUUCUCAAGGUGUAUUGAUGGUCGGCCCCAACUUCAAGGUUGGUAAGAAGAUCGGCUCUGGCAAUUUUGGCGAGCUGCGCCUUGGCAAGAACCUCUACAACAAUGAACACGUGGCUAUCAAAUUGGAGCCAAUGAAGAGCAAAGCACCCCAGCUACACUUGGAAUACCGCUUCUAUAAAUUGUUAGGCCAAACGGAGGGCCUGCCGCAAGUGCAUUAUUUCGGCCCAUGCGGCAAAUACAACGCCUUGGUGAUGGAGCUGCUCGGACACUCGCUUGAAGACCUCUUCGAUCUCUGCGAGCGACACUUCUCCCUGAAGACUGUGGCGAUGAUUGCCAUGCAAUUGAUACGUCGUAUUGAAUACGUCCACUCGAAGCACCUUAUCUACCGCGAUGUCAAGCCCGAGAACUUUUUGAUAGGCCGGUACUCAACGCGGAAACAACACAUUCUUCACAUUAUUGACUUUGGUCUGGCCAAGGAGUAUAUUGACUGUGAUACUGGUAAACAUAUUGCCUACCGCGAACACAAGUCGUUGACCGGGACGGCGCGUUACAUGUCGAUUAACACACAUUUGGGCAAGGAGCAAAGCCGGAGAGACGACCUGGAGGCAUUGGGCCACAUGUUCAUGUACUUUUUGCGCGGAUCGCUGCCCUGGCAGGGUCUGAAGGCCGACACGCUGAAGGAACGAUACCAGAAGAUCGGCGACACCAAGCGCUCGACGCCGAUCGAGGUGUUGUGUGAAGGGUUCCCAGAGGAAUUUGCCCAAUAUCUACGCUAUGCCCGCCGGUUGGACUUUUUCGAGACGCCGGAUUACGAGUACUGCUACAAUUUGUUCAAGGCGGUAUUGGAGCGAUUGGGUUUCACUUAUGAUUACGAGUUCGACUGGACGCCAAAGCUAAACAGUGUGUCGACGCCAUCGGGCUCCAUUCACGCCUCGGAAACCGGCACGGGCAAAGAAGCGCGCGGCCGUACAGCGCAGGGUUCCCGCCGUGAAGAUUUGCGGCCCCAGCACCAGAACAAUCAAUUCGGCUCGACCCAAGUCAUCAACAGCAACACUGGUGAAGUCGGCGGCGUCGAUGAGCUGACGAGGGCCCCGGCCGGCGCACAUCCACUGAAGCCGUACGAUAAUAAAGUUCCAGAAAAUUUAGUAAAGGGUGCGAUCUGCGUAGAUGAAGGCAUUUUCCAAUGGCUGCCCCAACAUGGCGCUGAGAUUUGCAAAACGUCAACCUAUAUCACAAUAAACAAAGAGAGCGACGACGUCGAAGAUCUCAUUAUACGUCUUGCAGAAGAGUUAUUGAGGAACAUUCGUAACCGUGAAAAAAGCUUUGGUUUACUAUGCGAUGAGACGGCGCGCUUCCUUUGUAACGAGAAUCUAAGUGGGCUGAAGCAGGGAUUUCUACUAAAAUUGACUGCCUCACCCGCCACUUACGCAGCAAGGAUCAGUCAGGCUUUGAAGGAGCGCUUGAACAAUCAAGAAAAGCUGCUACCCCUGCUUGAGACUUUUCUGAAAUUAUCCCAGGACCCGAGUUUUGUUCGUGAAUACGUUCGCACGCAAGAUAUCAACGAGAUUUACCAUAUCUUGGUAAACGAAAUGGAUAACGUAGAAUCGAUUAUUAGUCUGCUGCUUCAAUCACUCUAUACGAUGAUGGAAUUGAAUUUGAGAGAAUGCCCGACUUGGAAUUCGCUACCGGAAACAGUGCUGGUUUCGCUAUGCUCUUUGGUUACCGGGCGCACGAAAAUAGAUGAUGCGGAGGCGGUGCUUUUUGCGGAGUGGAGCCUGGUACAAUUGUUGUCAACCUCCACGAAUACUGCUCUUCACGACAUAAUAUUCGCGGAAGUGACGUUUCGAUCGUUGAUUCGCCAUCUGGCCAGGUCCGAUGAGCGGGUAACACUUGCGACGCUUACGUUGAUGAAUACCAUGCAUAAACGAGCUAAUGUUCAGCUGAAAAGCUCCAUUCUGAUCGAGCUAGAGACUGCUCCCUUCCGGAAUGCAAUCGUCGAUUCGAUUUUUCGAGAGGGCCGUGCCCGGGAUCAAAAUCUACUUGAGCAACUCAUUCCCUUGCAGAGACUACUUUUGGAUAAACAAAUCCAUCUAGCCCGCUUACCGACCUCGAAAGAAGACAUCUCGCAACUAGAGAAAGUCGAUUGGUACGCGCGCUAUGCCGCUCCUUCGCUCAGCGGUCUACUGGAGAAGAGCGACAACGGCAAGCUGCUAUUUUUGGCGGUAGUUUCGGCGACCACGGAACUCACUUUGAUGCUAACGGAAAAUGCGAUGCGAGACGUAAAAAGCCGCUGGGAUAUCUACGCUCUCUGCGAUACGGCCAUGGCCAUCGUCGUCGAGGUUCUAUCGGAUGAUGAAAAUGUGGGCAAGCUAAUCGAACUGGUCUUUUCGCUGGAGAAGCCGAUUCAGCUCCUCUUUAUCGCCGUGCUGCAGCUCCUACACAAGACUUGGCGAGAGAUGCACGCAGUAACAACGGAAACAGUCAAGGUUGCCAAUGUCGUCCGAGAACAGGUGCGCCGUGUCAUUGCACGAAAACCGACCAAGCUCGAGCGGUUUCAAGCAGAAUGUGAUCUACUAUCAUACAGCAAAAUGAGAGAAAUUUGGAAAAAUGAAGAAUCACAGCGUGAGGUGGCCGAGCUCGAAUCCGAUUUCGCCAAGGAGCUUUGCCAGCUGUUGCGGCCGCUCAGCGAACAGAUGGUCCGACAAAAUCGAAAAAACUUUUUGAAGCAAGGAUACGUUUUUAAGAAGGGUAGCAAAAAGGCACCUCUAAAAGAGCAAGGUCAAUAUUUCUUCUGGAAGCUGGAUGCGAACGAGAAAUUCCUGUUGGUAGCCGACUGUGAUAGCGAAAAGUACGUUUGGAACAGCAACACGGCACCGCAUUCUCGUAAGAUAGCGAUCAAAGAUAUCAAAGAUGUGCAAUUCGGCGAUGAAGGCGAGAAGGGCGUGCGCAAGGGCGAUACAUACACGCGCGGCAUACGUCUGGUGAUGCAGGGCAAUGACAAGAAAGACGAAGCAUUAAUCGCUUGCGCGCAGAAUGAACGUGAUAUGCGGACGUGGCUCGACGGCAUUUGCGAGAUUCUCGGCAAGGACAAGCUCAGCCAGGAGACGACCAACUUUGUGAAUCGGCUCGUCUCCACCGAACUGCGACUGCGGCUAUUGCAAGUCCCGACACCAUUGAAAGAGAUCGAAGUUCCGCCUAUGCCUUCUAGCUUUGAAUGGAUUACCGGAGUGAUGCAAAUUGUUCAAGCGACGCAGGAUGGCAGCCUCGAGAAAAAGGAAUGUUUGCAACGACAGUGCACGAUCUUCGAGCAGCUCCUGUACUUGAAGAUCAAGCUGCACACGGCGAUGCGCUACUAUAACGAAUUACCGCGUGGACCAACCUUGCAAAUCCUGCUGAAGGAAGCGGAUCAGAGUGUGGUUGACGAUUAUAACCAAGCGCACGACUACGCCCAGCAACUGUUUGUUCUCCUUGGCGACGUCGAGAAGCAGCUAUUGGCCGGGCGUAAAAAAGUCGGAAAGCGUGACGAUGACGAAGAAAUUGAAUCAUCGGAUGAUGAGUCGCAGUCAGGGAAACCAGUGGAAGAAGCAGCUGUAGAAGAUGGAUCCCGAACUGCACGACAGCAACCUUUCAACUGGCUCAGCGCUUUAAAGACACUAGAACAAAAUGAGAAGGAGUUCAGCUCAUAUCGAAAUUCGGUUGUGAGUGAAUGGGAAGAGCGAACAUCACUCGCCCAAGUUGCUGAUAAGUCUCCUCGCGCAGACCGGAAGGGAAUUUUGAAACAGGUCGAACAGAUACUAUCCGAGCAGAAACUACGUCUGUUGGCCCGCACACAGACCCGACGUGUUGACCAGGGCAGAAUUGGCCAUGCGUCAGAGGAUACGGUCGAUCCUGAAUACUUCGAUGAUAAUGAUUUUUAUGGCGUGAUCUUGCGUGAGUUGCUGGAAAAGAAAGGUGCUACCAGCAAAGAUUCGGCCUCAAUGACUAGACAAUGGCUGGACGUCCAAAAACUGCAACAAAGAAAUACGAAAAAGAAGGUGGAUGUGGGUGCGUCGAAAGGACGGAAAAUUCGCUAUAAGGCCAUUCCACGACUCGUCAACUUUCACGCCGCUACUCCGUCAACUGCCUCUUGGUCGCAUGAAAAACGCAACGAUCUCUUCGGUUCUUUGUUUACCCCUUAC